AACACUCACAUUGUGAUCAAAGCCCUCCUCGAGAAGCAGUUAGUACAAAGCGUCAAUUAUCAAACGUUGAUUAUCAAAACGUCGAAUAACAAAACAUAGAAGAUACAAAAUGUUGACUGCUGUAAAAUGUUGACUAUGCUACAAAUUGUCGAAAUUACAAAAUGUUUAAUACAUCAAAACGUCAACAGUUACAAAAUGUUAGAUUAUCAUGGGUUAGGUUAAGACAAUUUCUGGGCCAAGCGCUGCGGCAAGGAUUGUCUAUAGAGGGCUGGGGCCUCUUCAAAGUCGAAUAAUGUGCUGUACGUUUCACAUUAUUUUGGGCUAGGUUAGGUUAAGACAAUUUCAUGGGCCCAGUGCUGCGGCUAGGGGGCUGAGCGCUGGGGCCCCAAACGUUCAAUAAUGUGCUAUAGUUUAACGGAAUUAUAACAGCAGGUUAGAAGAGUAAUAUAGAGGAUAUGCGUAGGUCAUGCCCAAUACCAUCGAUUAGUUGAUUGAAUUGCUACAACAAAGACGAUAUCUUCUAAGUUUGAACAACCCUACCAUGGAUGAAAUAGUGUACACUUUAAGCAGAAAUUCAGCUACGGGCAUUUUGAAAAAAAAUUUACCCUCGUAAGAUUGCAAGAAACCUCUACAGUAUAUUUUAUCAGGAAAUAUUUGUUAUUUAUCAAACCAAAAUGUCUGUUAUGUACCCUGAUGGAUACCGAGAAACGGAAGGAUUAGAAGUCCUACUCGAGAGAUUAAAGGAGAUGGUAAACUUUACAAGUUUAUUUAACGUAAGAUUAAUUCCUGGCGACGGGGCUGGGGACAGAGAUGUUAGUACAAGUAGCUUACUCUUAGCUGCAGCAAGUCCGUUUAUCCACUCCUUACUGUUGGAUGUUGAAGAUGUGCAUGAGAACGAGUUCUGUAUUAUUCUUCCCGAUUUUACCAGUAAACAGUUGGAGGGUCUAGUAGACAUCAUGCAUUCAGGUCAUAGUGUUUUGAACAUAAAUGAUCUGCUAGAAAUGCUGGGGUGCAUGAAUACUCAAAAUUCCUUCAAAAAUCCUUCCCUCCACCAGGGUUCUUCAAGCAAACAUUUUGAUGCGGAUGAUUUUAAUUCUGUCAGUAUCGUUAACUUAAAUACUUCCAACGUGACAGCGCCACCCUGCAGAAAAAUAUCAAGACUGAGAAACAAAGAAAAUAUGCCAAGAAAGAGAAAAUUUAAAGUGUCUGCGUGUGUUCAUUGCGGAAAACGGUUUCGUAAAUCUGAAAAAUUGAAAGAACAUAUCGAAACAGUUCAUUUACAGAAUUCUUUAAACUGUUCUGAUUGUGAGUCAACAUUCAAAACCUCAGGUGGAUUGCGGGAGCAUGAAAAGCUUCAUAUUCCUGUUGAAACUUCCUGUACCUUAUGUGAAGAUAUGUUAUCAUCUGAAUGGAAUCUAAGAGAUCACAUGAAGCUGUUUCACAGAAGGGUUAAACCUGAAUUUAGCGAGGAAGAAAAGCAGCAUGUUUGCGAAAUUUGCGGAUCCAAGUUUGCGCACAAAAAUUCUCUACGUCAUCAUUUGACGCAUUUUCACAAAGAAGUCCAAGAUGAUGUGAUGUAUUGUUGUACCUAUUGUCAGCAGAAGUUUAAUAGACAGAUUGAUUUGAGAACCCAUCUUCUUCUGCAUAAUAAGCCUGAGAUACCUUGUCCUCAUUGUUCAAAGUUGUUCCACACUAAAAAUUAUUUAAAAGGGCAUAUGUUGCGUGUACAUACUGCUUGGUACGAGUUAAAGUACACAUGUACAGAGUGUGAGAAAGGGUUUACUGAUAAACAUGUUUGGAAAGGACAUUUAAGCAUGCAUGAAGGCAGAACACCAUUCAAAUGCAGAUAUUGUACACGAGAAUACCAGAACCUAAGUGAUAGAAGGUUUAUAUAUCGUACACGAGAAUGCCAGAACCAUCGUAAUAUAAUGUUUAGAUAUUGUACAAGAGAAUACCAGAACCAAAGUUAUAACAUGUUUAGAUAUUGUACAUGAGAAUACUUUAACCAACGUAAUCUAAUGUUUAGAUA